AUGUCGGCAGCAGGUCCUAAUCAGAAAUCCUUGAAGUCCGCCUUCGCCAACAAACGAAAACAGGGCCCCUCAGGCGACAAUGGCUCACGACUCGGCAAUGGCCGCGACGUAGGGAACGGUGGCGGAGGAGGAGGAGGCUGGGCGCAGAAGCGCGUCAAGAUCCGCAACGACAGAGAGAUAGCUACGCAGGCCUCCGAUGCCGCCCUCAAAGAUGGCGAGCUCGACCUCCAGGCGUUUCUGAACGCGCGCGAGUUCGAGAUCCGCGCCCUCGAGGAGAGCAUGCGUCACACCAAGUCCGAGGCCACGAGCCGCGCCUUCCAGCAGGUGCCCCGCGGCAUGCGCAGGCGAACCGCGAGCCACAACGCAAAGAGGGUGCCCAAACGGCUGCGCCGGCGGGCGCUCAAGGAGAUGGCCGAGGACAACACCCCCAUCGUGGUCUCGAAGCGCCGGAAGCCCAAGACGACGAGGGCGCGCAUCCGGGCCGAGACGGCCAAGAGGUUGGGCAUUCUCGCCGAGAAGAAGCGGAGGAACCAACUGAAGGCCGCCAAGGCGAAUGCGAAGGGCGGCGGCGAGCAGCAGGAGGUUCCUGAAAAGAGCAAAAUCACCAUCUCGACCCGCCCCCCGAGGCCAAAGAUUCGGCGGAACCAGCUCAACGACCCUCCACAGCGCAAGUCCAAGUUCAGGAAGCGCCAGAUCAACAAGACGUGGCUGCCCACGCACCUGUGGCACGCCAAGAGGGCGCGCAUGACCGAGCCGAAUAGCCCUCUGUGGAGGUUCGCCAUACCCCUGACGCCCAACGAGAAGACGUACCGGGCGACGCAUCGAUCGCAGGGGGAGAAGGGUGUCGUUGUCUGGGAUACGAGCUAUGUUAGCACGAUCGGACUCUAUGGCGAGGCCAAGGGCGUGGAGCAAGUCCUGCGCAGGCUCGGCGUCACACAGGAUAGCUGCUGGAAUGAUAAGGGGGCGAAGUGGAGGGCAGGCACGCGACACUGGACCGGGUUCUUGAGCAGAGAAGUCAAGGGCACAAGGCGUGAUGUCUGUCCGGCGACGAUUGUCUGGAACCCGAAAGCGGCUACGGAGCAGGUUGAGUCCGACGGGGGAGUGCAGACAGACAAGAUCCAAAGACAAGUCUAUGUCAGAGUGCACCCCUCAGCAUUUCUCGAAGUCUUCAACGAGCUUCUCCGGCUGGUGAAGAUGCAAAACCCUAGGUUAUAUAUCGAAGAUCUACGGUUCGAGAUCGGCAGCAUCGAGCUCACCGGCCCUGCAUCAACAGAGACCCUCCUGGGAAUACUCCACCCUUACCACACAAAAGAAGGAUCCAAGGAGCAGCAUGCGGAGAUCUUCGGGGGUCUGGCUGGUGUCACGAACCCGGCAUCACUUCCCAUGAACGCCACACUGGGAUUCUCUGUCAUGGACCCGCGACUUCGAUACCCCCCGAGAAAAGUCAACCAGCCUAACCCAGACGAUGAAGCAGAGCAAAUCAAGUCGAUCGAGCUGCUGGCGAGCUGGCCAGCCGACGUUGACCUAAAGCCAUCCGGCCUCUUCCAUAGAGACGUGCGGGCCUCGGUUACCCGACUGCCAUCGCAAAAGUCGGUAGACAAACGGAAAGGAGCGAGAACCCCAGGGACGCUCCUCGACGUAUCCGAGGCGGACCCGCCCAUUCCCGUCAUUUUACUUGCAUCACGCUCAAACGGCCCCCAGGCCCAGGGAAACUGGACGGUCCUCGCACCCUGGCGGUGCAUCCAACCGCUAUGGCACAGCCUCGUCCACUUCCCCCUGAGCUCGGGCGGCAACCCGCGCUUCUCGGGCCUCAACGAGAUGAGGCAGGUCGCGUUCGAACGCAACCUACCGUGUUUCCCGUUCGACUUCCUCGGCACAGACGCCGGUGCCGAGUGGGAGCUGGAGCAGCGGGCCAAGAGAAAGCAGGAGUGGGAGCGCCGGCCUAAGAGCAAGCGGGUCGCGUGGGAGUCGCUGGAUCUGGGCGCCGGUCGCAAGGGUGAGGUCGGCAGCGGGUGGGCCUGCGACAUAGAGAUUCUGUUCCGGCAGAAGACGACUGAAAGCCAGGAUGUACGAUCGCCGGAUGAAAUGGACAUGGACGCGCCCUCCUCCCCUGAACAGGAGGCCACUUCGGGCCCUGCGCCGAAUACUGGAGACUUCCUCAAGACGCUCCAUCAACUCCGAAAAGACGCUUUCCGCGCGCACACGUCCUCGCCAGCAUCUAACCCGUUACCGCCCCGGUCCGUAAUCAAUGUCAGAAUAGCAGUCCUCAACCGCGGCGUCGCCACAUCCUGCGCGAGGAUAUAUCGCCUGCCGUCACGACCCGCCCCAGUUCAUCCGGCCUCCUCGGCCGAAGUCCCCGCAACGGUCCCACCGCCGCCAACAUCAGUCCGCAGACUGCCUGCCGACCUCCGCAACCAGUGGCUCGCGACGCUACCCGACCAGGCUCAAUCGCCCAAAAAUAGCGGCAGGCCGAAGCAGCAGGGGCAGACGCGCCUGCCUGCGAACGCGGACAUGCGAACCCGCAAGCAGAUGCUGGCCAAGACGCUCAUCACGGCGCCCGCGGCGGAGUACCCGCCCCCGAAGCCGAACCAGACGGAUAUGAACGGCCACCCGUUGGUGCCGGAUGAGGCAGACCUGAUCGGGUUCGUCACAACGGGGGCGUAUUCGCUCAGCGAAGGGAGAGCGACGGCCGUGGGGUGUCUCUCUGGGGAGAAGGCCGCGGAGGCGCUGAGAGACGGCGGGAAGGGGAGGGAGGGGACGCUGUGUGUCGUGCGCAACGCCGGGGAGAGCAUCGGGUGGAUUGCGCGGUGGGAAGUCGUUUGA